CUCAGCUGAAAGGAUGAAUCAAAGAAGAGCUGUUCUUGAGGAUAAAAAUCAAUCAAAGUAUCACUCGAUCGAAAAGAGGAACAGAAGUAAGGACAAUCUACUGAUGAACGAACACUUUGGCGAGGACUGUUAUGGCAGUUAUGGAAACUACCAUGGUGAGAACGUGGCCCGUCAGGCGCUGCCCAAGAGCCGCAGGCAGGCGGUGCGAGGAGCGGCUUACAUGUUCAACGCCCAUCCGAAUAGCUUGACCCCGCUGGAGGAGCGCUUCCUCGAUGCUGCUGAGUAUGGGAACAUCCCAGUGGUGCGCAGGAUGCUGGAGGAGCUGCCGGAGCUGGACGUAAACUGUGUGGACUACAUGGGCCAGAAUGCACUGCAGCUCGCGGUGGCCAACGAGCACCUGGAGGUGACAGAGCUCUUGUUAAAAAAAGACAACCUGUCACGUAUCGGGGAUGCUCUUUUGUUGGCCAUCAGCAAAGGUUACACCAGGAUUGUGGAAGCCAUUUUAAGCCACAGAGCUUUCGCGGACUCAAGGAGACUCACCGCGAGCCCCAGCCAGGCCCCGAUGCACGAUGACUUCUUCGCCUACGACGAAGAUGGCACGCGCUUUUCUCAUGACGUCACUCCAGUCAUUCUAGCCUCUCACUGUCACGAGUACGAGAUCGUGCACAUACUUUUGGGAAAGGGUGCGCGCAUUGAGCAGCCUCAUGAUUACUUCUGUACCUGCGACACCUGUAAUUAUCAUCAAAAGUACGAUUCCUUCUGUCACUCCCGCUCGAGGAUCAACGCUUACAGAGGAUUGGCCAGUCCGGCUUACCUCUCUCUGUCCAAUGAGGAUCCAGUGUUGGCGGCCCUGGAGCUCAGCAAUGAGCUCGCAUCCUUGGCCAAUAUUGAAAAGGAAUUUAAGAAUGAAUACAGGAAACUUUCUAUGCAAUGCAAAGACUUUGUGGUGGGUCUUCUGGACCUGUGUCGGAGCACUGAGGAAGUGGAAGCCAUUUUGAAUGGAGAAGAGGAUGACACUUUGGAAUUACCUGGCCGACCGAGCCUCAUUCGCUUAAAACUGGCAAUAAAGUAUGAACUUAAAAAGUUUGUGGCCCAUCCUAACUGUCAACAACAGCUCUUGUCAAUAUGGUACGAACACUUACCUGAACUCAGGCAGCAGACCACAGCUAUUAAGUUCCUAGUAGUUUUAGGUGUUGCGAUGGGACUUCCUUUUCUAGCAAUGGUGUAUUGGGUGGCACCAUGCAGCAAGAUGGGAAAGAUCAUGCGUGGCCCUUUCCUUAAGUUUGUGGCACAUGCGGCCUCCUUUACUAUUUUCCUUGGCCUUUUGGUCAUGAACGCUGCCGACCGCUUUGAUGGGACAAAGCUUCUUCCAAAUAUGACCAUCCAUGACUAUCCGACACAGCUGUUUCGUAUGAAAACAACUCCCUUCACGUGGAUGGAAAUGCUCAUCAUUUCCUGGGUCAUAGGGAUGAUUUGGGCAGAGUGCAAGGAGAUCUGGUCCCAAGGACCAAGAGAAUAUCUGCUUGAGCCUUGGAACUUGCUAGACUUUGGAAUGUUGGCCAUUUUUGUGGCAUCCUUCAUCUCAAGGAUAAUGGCUUUCUGGCAUGCAAGUUCAGCCCAACGCUAUGUUGAUGAGCAUUACACAGAUCUAACCAAUGUAGUAUUACCUUUUGAGGUGGGAUACUUCCAGCGGGCUCGGAUUGACUGGCUUCCAUCAGAUCCUCAGUUAGUCUCAGAGGGCUUGUAUGCCAUUGCAGUGGUGCUGAGUUUUUCUCGAAUUGCCUAUAUUCUGCCAGCUAAUGAGAGCUUUGGACCACUGCAAAUAUCUUUGGGACGAACUGUGAAGGACAUCUUCAAGUUCAUGGUUAUCUUCAUCCUAGUCUUUCUGGCCUUCAUGAUUGGAAUGUUCAACCUCUACUCAUAUUAUCGGGGUGCAAAACAGAAUGAAGCUUUCACAACUGUGGAAGAAAGCUUCAAAACAUUGUUUUGGGCAAUAUUUGGCCUUUCUGAGGUCAAAUCAGUCGUGGUGAACAAUGGACACAAGUUCAUCGAGAACAUUGGAUAUGUUCUCUAUGGAGUUUACAAUGUCACAGUGGUCAUCGUCCUACUCAACAUGCUUAUUGCCAUGAUCAACAACUCAUUUCAGGAGAUUGAGGAUGACGCAGAUGUGGAGUGGAAGUUUGCCCGUGCCAAGCUCUGGUUCACCUACUUUGAGGAGGGCAGGACUCUCCCUGUGCCUUUUAACCUGAUUCCCAGUCCCAAAUCAGUUCUUAGUCUGGUUAUGGGGGUCAAGGGUCUCCUGCGAGAGCUUUCUGUCAGGCAAAAAGCCAUUAUGAAGGGGUCUGAACUCAGUGAGAAAAUUAUGAAGCGUCUUGUGAAGCGAUACAUCAUCAAGGCUCAAAAUGACAAGGAAUGUGAUGAAGUCAACGAGGGUGAACUGAAGGAGAUCAAACAGGACAUUUCAAGCCUUCGCUAUGAACUGCUGGAGGAAAAGUCACACAACAUGGAGGAGCUGGCGAAGCUAGUCAGGACACUUGAAAAAAACCUCUCUCAGGACUGCUUGGUUAUGAAGUCUCACUGA